AUGGCUAAAUCUGGAACUUUAACCCAAAACCCUGGACCAUCUGCCCAAUCUAAACCAUUAUACAAACCCACUUCAUGCAAUCUUCAAGAAGUUCUUGAUGCCUCACUCUGUGAUGUCAUUCUUGCUCCUUUGAUUGAUGUCCUAAAACAUCACCCUCUUUAUGUUACAUUCACCAUCACAACAUCCAAAGUCCUUUUUGAAUACCUGGUGGAGGCAUAUUUAUCAGCCGCAGUUGAUGAUCCUUGUGACAUAAUUCAACUUCAAUUAAUAAAUGACGAUGUUGUGUAUCUGAAAAAAUACAUCUUUCUUGAGUCCAUCGGCCUUCCUGUGACAACCCAGGAAAAUAUGUCACCAACCACCGUUAGAAUCUAA